AAACGCCGUCGAUUCAAAUUUUUUUUGGACUUCGCGGCGUUUGGUAGUUUUCUCGGUCCGAAAAAUUUACCAGCCAAAAUAACAGAUUUCGACCGUGGCGGGUUAAUUUCUAGCGCUGAUAACUGGGAUAAUUCGAGAGCCAUGUACGGUGUUUUCCUUGGCUGGAUAUAGAAAAAUUCAAAAAGUGCACAUAAAUAAAGGAACAACGGUGUUUCCUUGCUCUUGUUUUACUUUGUUUCGCUAUUUGUGAAAAAUAACCGUUCAACGGUUUCUAGAAUUAAAGCAGAUUUCGGCGAAAUCAUCGUUUAGGCGAAUCAUCGAUCAAAACAAAGUGCAUGCUAAAAACAAAAUAAAAUUUAACCAUGUUCGAACUUGAGGAUUAUUCCAGCGGUAUACACGAGGGUUUCUUCAGCAAAUAUGCGGAUGCUGCUGGACCCUCGCUGGACUUCUAUGUAUCCGACUCGAUGCAGGAGAUGCUAAACGUGGACAUUCGCGCCGAGAUUGCCAAUGUAGUGGGCAGUUCCAGCAGCGACUUCACCUCGUCCCUGGACCAAACCCUGGAGGCUAUAUCCGCUAUUAACAAUCAGAGCAGUGCAAACACCAGCCAGACAGCUUCCUACAAUGCAAAUGCUAAUUUCCUGACCAGCAGCGCACUCCAUGCCUCGCCCACUGCCAAAUGGAUGGGCUCGUCGGCCAGUUUUUGGUCCAACAGCGAUUACUAUGCAGAUCUGGGAGCUUGUGUAAACCCCAUUUCCGUGAUGCCACUCAUUAAUUCAUCUUCCGGAUCCGGAAUGUUCUCGCCGAAGAGAAACAAGACAGUUACAUCCACUCAGGGAAGAUCGGGAGCAGUGCCGUCGUCGCCCAACGCUGACAGGGAUCAACACAAGUCCCAUCUGACCUUCUCGCCAGCCCAGAUGAAGGUCAGUGCAGGUUCAAUGAGAAGGGAGCAGGUUAUGGCCCACAUUCCAAAGCAAAUAUCCGUGGUAACGGGAACGGGAACCACAGCGCCCGCCACAAUGGCCACAAAUUCAGUACUUCAACGGCGUAAUUCCUCGGCCGUAGAUGCAGUUCGCAAGGAUUUGGUAACAGAGCUGCGCAAAGCCCAAUCUAGUCCCGUGCCGAACUGCGUGGAGGAGCUGGGCAAGGGCAAGGGAUCCACACUGCUCAGUGCUGGAGUUGGAGCCACCAAUACCAUUAAACUGGCACCUGGCAUCGGUGGUCUGACCUUUGCCAACAGUGCUGCCUACCAGAAACUGAAGCAAACCUCUUCCGCUAAGUCACCCGGAGGAAUGUCGCCAGGAGCGGGAGCAAAUACGGGCCUCAAGCGGGAGGACUCAAACAAGCGAGGACUGCAGGUCAGCACCACACCAAAGAGCAUCGCUUCGGCGGCAAACUCGCCGCAUCAUCAAAUGCAGAGCAACUACAGCCUUGGAUCACCAUCGUCCCUGUCCUCAUCAUCGGCAUCUUCCCCCCUCGGCAAUGUUAGCAACCUGGUCAACAUAGCGAAUAAUAAUACCAAUGGAGGUGGGGCAGGUUUGGUAAAACCACUACAGCAAAAGGUUAAGCUGCCAGCAGUGGGCAGUCCGUUCCCGAAGCCAGCCUACUCCUACUCCUGCCUCAUCGCUUUGGCCCUCAAGAAUUCCCGUGCAGGAUCACUGCCAGUUUCGGAAAUUUACAGUUUUCUUUGCCAGCAUUUCCCGUACUUUGAGAAUGCUCCCAGCGGCUGGAAGAACAGUGUGCGACACAAUCUUUCUCUGAACAAAUGCUUCGAGAAGAUCGAAAGGCCAGCUACGAAUGGUAACCAGCGGAAGGGCUGUCGUUGGGCCAUGAACCCCGAGCGCAUAAACAAGAUGGAUGAGGAGGUGCAGAAAUGGUCACGUAAAGAUCCGGCUGCCAUUCGUGGAGCCAUGGUCUACCCUCAGCAUUUAGAGUCCCUGGAGAGGGGAGAGAUGAAGCACGGAUCGGCGGAUUCCGAUGUGGAGCUGGACUCGCAGUCGGAGAUUGAGGAGUCCUCGGAUCUCGAGGAGCACGAAUUCGAAGACACCAUGGUAGAUGCUAUGCUGGUGGAGGAGGACGAUGAAGCCGAGGAAGAGGAUGACGAUGAUGAUCACCUACUCAGUGAGUUUGAAGGCGAUGAUGAUCGUCAUUCCCAUACCAACGGAAACCAGUCGAACAACCUGCCCAUCGACCAUGCACUUCUCGCCCAGAAAAGCAAUGACUUUGAUAUAGAGGUUGGUGAUCUGUAUGAUGCGAUCGACAUAGAAGACGACAAGGAUGCAGUUCGUCGAACUAUCUCUAAGGUCCAGACGCAGCACAUCAUCGAGUUGAAUCCAGCCGAUCUGAAUGCCACCGAUGGCUACCUCCUACACCAGCAGCCGCCAUCAAAACGGGCUCGCGUGGAUAUUAACUAUGCGAUUGGCCCGGCUGGAGAGCUAGAGCAGCAGUAUGGGCAGAAAGUGAAGGUGCAGCAGGUCGCACAGCCACAGCUGAAUCCGCCCACCUACAACCGGCGCAAGAUGCCGCUGGUCAAUCGCGUCAUCUAGAGCGGGCACAGCCCUCUUUUCCCCAAAAACCCAUAUUACAUUAAUCACUUAGUGCUAGGUCAUUGAUAUUUAAGAAACCCUUGCUACGCUUAAACGUAUUACCUAAGCCCCAUCCCAUCAUCCAAUAUCCAAUAUCGAAUAUCAGUUUUCAGUUAUCAGUUUUCGGUUUCGUGUGCAGAACCCAAAAUGUUAUUCAAUCUACCCUUCCCCAUUAUUUGUAUUUUAGUAUGGCUGCCGUUUGAUUUUAAAUCUCGAUUCGAUCAUUAGCCAUCUGAAAGAAAAGGAGAGAGAGGAGCCUUCGGCCUCUUUAUAUUUUUGCUUAAUUUGAAUCUUUUCUAUAGUCGCUUCUCGAAUAAAUCUAUAUAUUUAUUGUUAUAUAAAAAAACAACCGAAAUUUUGCUCCACUUGACUAUAAUUUGAGUCCGUUUCGCCUGACGCUUGAGCAGAAGAGCUCAACAAGAAGAUCCAUUGACGAUGCAUGAGCGAGCAUGUUAAUAUUUUUCCCAGACUUUUUCAGUCUGUAGUUAUUGAUUUGAUCUCCUACUGACAAAUGAAAUGUAAAUUUUAAAUUGAUAAGAAACUUGACAAUGCAUUUUAAUUGACAUUUAAUGUGCAACACAUCGAUUAUUUUGACAACGAAAUUUUAUAUUUCAUAAAAUUGAAUUAACAAUUCGCAUUUGCAUUUGCGAAUAUUUUCAGCAACUUAAGUUUAAGAAAGUUGAAAGAGAAAGUUGAUCACACACAUACUUGCCGGUCCAGUAUUCGUAUGCGAGGUAUUUUGCGGAUUUUUAUAGAACUUUUUUAUAUGAUUAUACUAUAUACAUAUAUGUAUAUAUAAUAUAGAAGGCAAACCUACAAUUAUUGUCGGAAAGUUCAGUCAAUUAAUAAUAUGGUUAUUUUGUAAGGCGGUUCGGUAUGUAAAUAGUUUACACGCAGAAAAGAAAAAAACUUGUAUACUAUGUGCUUAGCUGUAAGUGAAAUGUAUGUACAUUUAUUUUGUAAGCCAAAACCCGAAUUCCAAAUGAAACGACAAGAUCCGAAAACCAAUAAGACUUGAAAGAAGAGCGUAACCCGUCAAAUGAACAUGAACACAAGCCUCAGAAGUAAAUAGUACAAAGAGCUAACUAAGUUACGGGCCAGUAAAACAAAGCAUUUAACAAAGCCAACCAAUAAUGGUUGGCCCAUGGAAAUAAAACAUUUUCUUUUUGUUAUUAUCCUUUUCUCACUUUUCAACAAUUCCAUUUUUAAAUCAGCAACAUUCAUGCAUUUAUUGUUGUAAUAUUAGCACCUAAAAAUAGCAUUACAAAAUAAUAUUGUAUCCAUAAGUAAAACUAUGUAAAUCAUUAAGCUAAGGAUGAAACAAUUUUUGUAUAGAGUUGUUAGAAAAUCAAUUGACAAAACAAAUUGAAACCAAAAAAAAAAAUAUUAAAAUAAAAUUUAACUAAAAAUCUA